UCCAAUCUUUGGAAUAAUGAGUACAAUUGAAACUGUGACUUGCUACAUGAACGAUGCCAUAAUGGUUUUCAUGGGUGGCUUGAUCCUUGCUUUAGCAACGGAACAUUGUAACUUACAUAUGAGAAUUGCUCUUCUAGUCAUGAAAAUGGUUGGUUGUAGCCACACGAAGCUUCUAGGUGGUCUUUGUACCGUAACCACUUUUAUAUCUAUGUGGAUCGCGAAUGCUGCAACCACGGCGAUGAUGGUGCCUAUUGUCUUUGCUGUUCUCUACGAAUUGGAAAGGGUUUCUUUUUUAAUUAUAUUAUUUUCAAUGUGGUAUCAUCGAAGUAACUCGAAAUUAUUAUUAUUAUUACGAAAUAACGAAGUUAUUCGAAGGUGCCGCAAAUCAAAGUAUUUUUAUAUUUCUCUUUAACAUAUUUUUAUUAAUUAUUAUUUUCUAUCGUUACUUUUGGAACAGCAAGGACUAGGAAAAGUAUUCAACGUUAUUAUAGAUCCAAAUGAACCUAAUGCUGAUCCGUACGUAAAAACCAGAAUGAAUUUCUAUUCAUCCUACCUCUCCCUUUCUCUCCUGUUCUCUCUUUCUCUCUCUCUCUCUCUCUCUCUCUCUCUCUCUCUCUCUCUCUCUCUCUCUCUUUCUCUCUCUUUCAUAGAAUCUUAAGAACAAACGUCUGCUUGGAGUAUUCAACUAAAUAAAAUUCUUUUUCAGGGAAUUGAAACCAACGAACGUGACGAAAGCUUAUUUCUUCGCGGCAGCAUACGCUUCUACAUUCGGAGGCACUGGAACUUUAGUCGGUACACCAACGAAUCUCGUCUUCAAAGGCAUCUACGAAAGCACCUAUCCAGAAGCAGAACCAAUCACUUUUGGACUUUGGAUCGCUGCUUGCUUUCCUCAAAUGGCCAUUAACUCCUUCAUUUUGUGGAUACAUCUUCGAAUAGUUUAUCUCGGUUUUCUAAGACCAAAGAGCAAAGAUGCCAAGGCUGCGAUAAUUGGUCCAGAAGGAGAAAAAAUAGCUAAUGAAAGCUCCCGGAUUUAUAACAGGCUGGGCAAAACUUAUUUCGGACGUGGAGAUUAAGGAUUCGACAGCUACUAUUUUUAUCUGCUUGCUGAUGCUUUAUAUUCCUAGGGAUCCCGAUUUUAUAUACUAUUGGAGUCGAAAUUGUAAGCUAAUACAUAUAUUAUAUCAAUUAUAUCACAUACCAUGUUUUAAGAUACAGUAAAAUAGUUUUGUUUAAAUAGCUAGAAAAAAACCAUCGGGUCCCUCCGAAGGUUUAAUAACUUGGAAUAUGAUUCAACGAAAGAUGCCGUGGAGAUUGAUUUUUCUUCUCGGUGGUGGAUUUGCUAUCUCCAAAGCCAGCAAUAAAUCCUGUCUGGCUAUGGAUUUAGGUCGAUUGUUGUUACCGUUACAAAAUUUACACCCUAUAUUGCUAUUGGCAAUCAUUUUGUUAUUCGUUGGUACUCUAACGGAAGUAACGUCAAAUGUAGGCACUGGAAAUAUCGUUAUACCGAUAAUAGCACACAUGGUGAAUUUCACUUUAGCUAUAAGAUAAUACUUGGAAAAAUCAAUUAUAACGGUAGCGGAACAAUACUAAAACGAUAAUACAUGAUGUUAUUGUUGCAGUCUUCUGCGAUAAGGGUACAUCCUCUUUAUCUGAUGGUGCCAGUGACAAUAAUGUGCUCCUAUGCAUUUCGAUUUCCAGUCAGCACUCCACCAAACGCAAUUAUAUCGAUCGCGGCUCACAUACGAACGCCAAUGUUAAUCACCGGCGGCUGUUUACCUGCAAUAUACAGCUUACUCAUACAAAUACUUACUUUUCCAUUUUGGGGAACAUUCGUUUUCGGCAUCGACAAAUUCCCGGAAUGGGCAGAAAAAACAAUAAUUCCAAGUUCCACGGGACAUUGCACUUAAAUUUCAUUCAUCUUGUAUUUGGAAUCCUUUGGAAGUAUUGCUUCAUUCAAAAUUUUAUCACGAUUAUUAAAGAUUAUAAUAUAAGAUCGAAUAUAAUAAAAAUCUUUCUUAAAAUUUGUAUCGUUGAAUAUAUAAUUCAUAUAUAUAUAUAUAUAUAUGCCGAUUACAAAGAUUUCUUUUUUUGUUCUUUCUUUUCUUUUAUUUUUCUUUUUCUUCUUCUUCUUAUUUAACUGAAGGAUGAAAGUCAAACUUCGUAACGGCAAAGAUGGUAGAUAUAAGCUGGCUGAAGUACCAGAGGUAUUUCGGACAAUGAAAAGAGCGCAAUCAGUAACGCCGCAGGCACUGCUCCCUGUCUUGCUUGAAGAGACGUCAUUAAGGUCGAACCGAAUUCUUCCAUCGUCGUCUUCUCCCCGUCGAAUAGAAAGAAACGCGACCUUAUCUGAGCCCUUUUCAAGAUUCUAGGCCGACUAUAUUUAGAUAUUUGAACUUAUAAUGCAUAGCACGUAUGCGAACUGACUAAUGAAAAUUCCUUCGGGUAAAUUCAUUAAGGCUGUUCAUCACCACUGGUUUUAUAAUGGCUUAUGCCGGCAAUAAAUCCAGGAGUACUUUUUGACUGAUUUUGACGUACAAGUAUGUUUCUCAGGGCCGGGACAAGUCAGACAGUGCCGGGUCAGACAGAAAUAGUGCCAGUCGAAUGGGCCAGACGGGAUCGAUAUAAAUUGGAAGACUGAAAAGUGAAUCUACUAAAACUAAACUCACAUUAAGCCGAUAGUUAAGUUGUACGUAAGAGGAAUAUAACCUACGAUAGAUACAUGAUGUGAACAGUAUUUCAUUAUUGCACUUGUAAUUCAUAUUUGUGCCAUACAUGUCGCUGAAGUUAUACAUGCUUCGAACAAAAAAUAGUGAAGAAAAUCUUAUCUGCUUAAAAAGAUUUUCUUAUUCAAAGAAUAAGAAAAAAAUAUAAAAAGAAAUGAACAACAAUAGAUACGAAAUAUAUAUAUAUAAGCCAUUCCAAUAUGAAAUUAGCUGUAUAAAUGCAUAAAAAUAAAAUAUACAAAAAUUUGUUACAUUAAAGACAGGGAAGUUAUUUAUCGGUCCCUUAAAGAUUUGGUUUCUCGUAUUGAAACAAACCUUAUAAAAAAACAUGGCUGAGGAAGAAGAUAGAGAAGUCUUGGAAAGGGAAGAAAGCGGUAGAAAGACACUCGACUUCUUAAAAACCUAUUGGAAAAUAAUUUACUCUAUUCUCUGGCCUCUAAGUCUAUUACCACUUUUAAUAAUUUACGAUUCUUCGGAAGUUAGAUGUGCCUUCGUCAUAUUGAUAAUGGCUGGAUACUGGAUAACAGAAGUAUUUCCCAUGGCAAUCACUUCAUUAUUACCUAUUGUCCUCUUCCCCUGUCUUGGUGUACUUAGCACAGACGAAGCAUGUUCUUGUUAUAUGAACGAUACGAUAAUGGUCUUCAUAGGUGGUUUGAUACUUGCCGUAGCCAUCGAACAUUGCAACUUGCAUCUUAGGAUUGCCCUUGGAGUUAUGAAAAUGGUCGGUUGUAGUCAUAGUCGACUACUUGGUGGUCUUUGCGUAGUCACCACUUUCAUAUCCAUGUGGGUUUCUAACACAGCUGCAACGGCUAUGAUGUUACCAAUUAUUUUCGCUAUCCUUCAGGAAUUAGAAGAGGCUGGAUUUGGUAAGAUGUUCAUAAAGGUGACUGACAUAAAAAGUCCUCAAGAACAAAUAUUAAAACCCUCUAAGGUCACUAUGAGCUAUCUUUUAAUUGUCGCAUAUUCUUCUACUUUUGGUGGAACGGGAACUCUCGUUGGUACCGGAACGAAUCUUACAUUCAAAGGAAUUUAUGAGAGUACCUUCCCUUUGGCCGAAGGAAUCAAUUUCACCGAUUGGAUGAUAGCUUCGUUUCCACAAAUGAUCGUCAAUUCUUUUCUCACUUGGCUUUACGUACGAAUAGCUUUUUUGGGAUAUUUAAGACCAAAGAGUAAGGAUGCCUUGGCAGCUACGAUAGGCACAGAAGGCGAAAAAAUUGCGAACAAUGUCGUAAAAGCGCGAUAUUCAGCUCUAGGUCCCAUCUCAUUUCACGAAAUCGGCGUUACUUUACUAUUUUUAAUAUGUAUUUUCUUAUGGAUAUUUAGAAAACCUGGUUUCGUCUUUGGAUGGUCCGAACUUAUAACAGAUAUAGAAAUAAAGGAUUCGACACCAGUUAUACUUGUUUCAAUUCUUAUGUUCUUCAUACCAAAAAAUCCUUCUUUCAUUUAUUCUUGGAGCAAAAAUCCUGAAAAAAGACCGGUCAAAUCAUCGGAAGGCUUGAUAACUUGGAAAGUCAUUGAAACUAAAAUGCCAUGGAGCUUAAUGUUUUUACUAGGUAGUGGUUUUGCAAUUUCGAAAGGAAGUGUUCAUUCUUCCCUAGCUAAAACAAUCGGCCAAACUCUCACACCACUUAAAUCUUUACCACCUAUUAUUAUAAUGACAUUCAUCUGUUUCUUCGUGGGUAUAAUAACAGAAUUUACAUCGAACGUGGGCAUUGCCAAUAUAACAUUGCCAGUUAUUGCGCAAAUGAGUAUUGCCAUGGAAUUACACCCUAUGUAUUUAAUGAUACCAGCUACGUUAAUGUGCUCAUUUUCAUUCCGACUACCAGUUGGUACCCCACCAAAUGCUCUCGUAACAGUCGCAGGUCAUAUUCCAACUAAAUGGUUGAUGAUGGCAGGAUGUCUACCCUCUCUUUACAGUUUAUUAGUACAAAUACUUUUAUUCUCAACAUGGGGUGUUUUUAUUUACGAUAUUGCCGAAUUUCCUGAUUGGGCUUCAGAUGUUACUAUAAAAGAUUAAUUAAAUUAAUUAUUUUACGUAUUAAUAUACGUAACACACACACGCGGGAUUAUGUUUAUGUAAAAUAGUUUUCAAUAAACAUUAAUAAAUAUAACGCAAUAAUUUGUUUAAAAUUACAUUUAUAUUACAAUGAUACAUGAUUCUUCUAAGUACUUUUAUACAAUGCAUGUUUAUCUUUAAAUUGAGUGAAAUUUAAAUCACUUAAUGUAAGUGUAGAGAUUUACAAAGAAGUUUUAAGGAAUUAGAUACUGUGUUAAAAAUGUAUAUAUAUCAUACAUAUGUGUAUAUAUAUAUAUAUUCAAUAUAUACAUA